AAGUUCCACUCCCUGAACUCGGAGACUCGGCAUCUCCAAUGUCGAUGGUGCUCGAACCCGAUGGUGACCCAGCUUUCCCCCCGCUUUUCGACUGAGCCAGGUAUCAUACUGAUGCGCUGGGGAGACGGCACUGCGGUUGAUCCCUGGAGCCAGCAUUGCAGCCGUUGUGUGUGCUGAUGCGCUGGGGAGGCAAAAUAAGCUGAUCCCUGGAGCCAGCAUUAUACUUCAGCCAUCAACACCAGGCAGAAGGAUAUCUACAUCAUCAUAUGGAAGAAAACGCAAAUGGAUGGAGACACAGAUGGAUCACAUUAGUUUACUGUAAAGCUACGUCUUAGUUGGUGCUUAUCUUGGCGAGAGCCGAGUUCAAAUCAGCAUGAAGUUUUAACAUCAUCUCUGUUCUUGUCAUAAAUACAAAUGGUUUGGAUUUUGCUACAAACACAGAAGAGUUUUAUGUUAUUAAAAGCAGUACACUGAGAAAACAUUAUUCACAAUCUGACAGUUUAUUUAUUGAAUUUAAUUCUUAUCUCUCACUCUCUGUACAGUAUGUCAUUAUUUUUCUUUGUUUCCCCUUCGAAAUUUGGAUGACACCCUUCUCCAAACUUCCAGCAUUACAAAGACCCUCCCCUUAUUUCUGCCCACUAAUAACAACUGUCACAUUCCUCAUCUUAACAAAUACACAUCCUGUAAUCUUAGACUUCAACUAAAACUAUGCACAGUUGUUCAUUCAGUGAUCAAUCAUCAUACCAUGACAUCAGAAGGAUUUAAUUGCAAAGCAAUAUUGAAAACAUUGAUUAGAUACCAGGGUAAUGUGUUAGAGAAGACUAUGGCAGAAAGCCCUACAGAUGUAAAUAGUGUGUGGGGGAAUGGGAGGUUGGCAGGGAUGGGGUUAAAUCUGUCCCUUCUGUCUGAGUCUCUAAUUACUGCCGGUAACAUCUUGGGCCUUGACACUACCCUGCCAUAAAUACCUUUGUCAAUACUGAGUCUGUGGGUUACAGAACCAAAUAGUUUCAAAAAAUGAACUUCUUUGAUGGGUUUUUUAGCUUUGUGAAAGAUGGUGUGACUUUGAUGAAAAUGUAAUUUAUGGAACUAUUAGGUACUGAAUAAGUGCUUUGUGGUAUACUCUACAAACUACCUGUGCUCUGGCCUACCAAACAAAUAAAUAAACCUGUUCUUGUUUGUGGUACUGAGGGACAGUCCAUUAUCUGCCUGUUUUAAUAUCAACUCAAGACAGCAUGCUUAUUAAAUAUCCAGCUAAGUGAUAAUGGUUUGUUUUCAAAAUUAUGCAGAUUUUGUAAAGGAGGACAGGCAGUCUGACAAGUGUAGUGCUACCCAGAAAUGGAUCCAUUUAUGAACUAUGGGAUGGGAUACUUGUUCUUCCUUUUACCCCAAAACAAUGGGUUUCUGCCAAGACUAUGAAUGCAGAAAAUCCAUUUUGGGGUAAUUGUUAUGGAAAAAUGUUUAGAGUUGUUUGUUAAAAUAAUUUGCUUAUAUUUCUAUUCUGGAAAACUAAGACAUUUAGUAAGCAAAGGGUCUCAGUGGGGUAAAAUGGGCACCACGAGACAUGCUUUUGAUGUUAUCUAGGCCAGGGUAUGUAAACAUACACAUACAGAUGGUGUACAUACUGUACAGUGCUAGAUUGACAAGCCCAGUCUAUAAUUAUCCUCCAGUCUUAUUGGUGCCUUGUUCUGAAAUCCUUUUUAGGAGAUCCUGUAAUCUUCUCUUCUAAUCUACCAGCUAGCUGCCUGACUUGUGAGCUGGAAGCAGGGGCUGAAAUUGUGCAGGAGACAGAAGGGGAGAGGACUGGGAACCUGGCGUGUCUGAGUGGAGAGCAAACAAUACCAGGCACCAUGUCUCUCUCACAGAUCACCCCCUUUCUAUUCAUUAGCGGCGCCGAUGUUCCCCAAAACGAGCGCCUGCUGUCUUCCAAGGGGAUCACUCUGAUAGUCAACGCCACGCUGGCUCACGUUACCCCAGUGUACCGUGGGGUGCAGUCGCUCAGGGUGCCCGUCUCGGACCUCCCUCACGCCAGGCUGAGUGAUCACUUUGAGAACGUGGCGCACCGCAUUCACACCAAUCGUGGCGGCAGCACACUGGUGCACUGCGCGGCAGGGAUGAGCCGCUCACCCGCCCUCGUCAUGGCAUACCUCAUGAGGUACCAGGGGGUUACCCUGCGUGAGGCACACUCCUGGGUCAAAGGUCGGCGCCCCCACAUCCGGCCCAAUGCUGGAUUCUGGAGGCAGCUGCUGGACUACGAGAGGAGGCUAUUCGGCAAGAACACCGUUAAGAUGGAGUCCACUCCUCUAGGGGUCCUGCCAGAGGCCAAGACACAGGAGAAUGGCCAGAGAUACUGCCUGAACUGGUGAGAUUUAAGAAGGACAUACAAGCAAUGAUGUAGCUGGGCUGUGCCGUACGUGACAGAUUCAUUUGUAAGACAGAAGAUUGGACUGACUUGGUUAAAGUAACCAAUCGUGCAUGUUUCACAAUGAAAAGUCUCAAAAGUGAUGACCAUUUGUAAGCCAUUUUGGAGCUUUCCACCCUAUUCACAAAGCAUUAACCACUGUGCUAAGUUAGAGACAGAUUUGUUCUGAAAAUAAAACAAAACACUGAUGUUAAAAUGCUUCAAAUAAAAUAACUCAACAGGUUCCUAUGUGCACCUUAGUUCUUGUUAAUUCUGCAAGAUCAGCAGUUUGUUUUCAUUUGUAUCUAAAAAACAGUGGUAAAUGCAUUAUCAUGGCAUAAUGGUUAAUGAAUAGUCAUGUAUCUUUCCAGAAUCAUUUCCACAGCUUUCAAAUCGGUCUUGUCCUGGCUGUCCACACCCUACUGACAGUGUUAUGAGGACUGAUGUUUAUUUUGGUACCACUUUGUAUGUAUUUGAAGAUGGGAAGAUAAUCUAUUCAGGUUUAGCAAGGCAGUGCUCAGUGGGUCUAACAGGGUCAAAUGGGCAAUGCCCCAAUCACCUGUUACAAUACUUGUUAGAUGGCUGUGUAUAUAUUAAGUGCAAAAAUAUAAUAGUACCUUUAUAAAUGACAUACCGUAUAUGCUCAAUAUUAAACCCGGUCACUUAUUAUUUUCUCAAUCUUCUCUUUACCUGGGCGUCUAUUUGAAAGUGCUAAUUGACCACUAUGGACUAGGGCUGGAACAAUAAUUGAUUAUCGUGAUAUUAUCGAUAAUGUUUUUAAUUGAUAAUUGUAUUGCGUUGAAAAAUAAUUAUCGAUAAUCAUUUUAUCGUCCGUUACCCACUAGGAUAUGCUUGUGUGUAACAGUAACUCUGCAUUGAAGCAUUAAGACAGGACUUAACUGUCUGCGUGAGGCGCAACACAUGAUCUGUGCGCGCUGCGUAGUGGGAAGUUGUAACAUGUGACGUAAGAUUCACUGAGUAAAGGCAAACGUUUGAGCUAAUGGCGAUGGCAACUGCAGAAACUACCAAACCUUCCAAAAACAUUUUAGCAAAAAGAAUCAGCAUCAGUCCUGUGUGGCAGUUUUUAGGAGUGACAGAAAGUGAUCCGCAAGGUAAUAAGCCCGUCUGUAGGCAGUGUGGAAAAGUUGAUAUUUUUGAAUCGCAAUUUAUAAUUUGUUUGGUUUUUUUUAAACCCUUUCUUUAAUAAGUAGCCUAUAUUUCAAAAGUUGAAAAGCUACCAAACAAACAUUUGGUUAUAUUAUUUGUGCUUUUUUAUAACCAGCCAUUGUUUCAUAACUUUUAUUAAAGAUGCUGGUCUUUUUGAAAA